AAUUUCAGUGAGAGAAUGUGAAAGAAAAUACAAGGGUUUUGACUCUUUUGCAUUUUGCUUCUCUAUUAAACUAUAAUUCACUUCACGACCUUCGAAUUUUCUUGAAAAGAAGAAGAAAAAAAAAAUGAGAAAAGAGGUUAGGAACAAGCAGGUUCUUUUCCGAGAUUUCGUAACGGGAUUUCCGAAAGAAUCCGAUAUGGUAUUGAGCACUGGCACGAUUCGGUUGAAGGUGCCGGAAGGAUCGAAGGCUGUCCUCGUCAAGAAUCUCUACCUUUCUUGCGAUCCAUACAUGCGUAUCCGGAUGGCCAAGAACAAAGAUGAUGAUGAAUUUACUUCUUUCAUGCCAGGAUCGCCCGUUAUCGGCUUUGGAGUGGCUAAAGUUUUAAACUCACGACAUCCGGACUUCAAAGAGGAUGACUUGGUUUGGGGGAUGACUGGAUGGGAAGAGUUCACUCUCAUAUCAGAGCCUGAGACCCUGUUUAAAAUUAAAUACACUGAUGUACCUCUUUCUUACUAUACAAGCAUUCUUGGUAUGCCUGGUCUUACAGCUUAUGUUGGAUUUUAUGAGAUCUGCGCUCCUAAGAAAGGUGAAUACGUCUUUGUGUCAGCAGCUUCUGGUGCCGUGGGUCAACUAGUCGGACAAUUCGCAAAGUUGAUGGGCUGCUACGUUGUUGGAAGUGCUGGUUCUAGUGAAAAGGUUGAUCUAUUGAAAAGUAAGUUUGGGUUCAACGAUGCUUUCAACUAUAAGGAAGAACCUGACUUGAACGCAGCUUUAAAAAGGUAUUUUCCCGAGGGCAUCGACAUCUACUUUGAAAACGUGGGCGGUUUGAUGCUUGAUGCAGUACUAGCGAAUAUGAGGCUCCAUGGUCGCAUUGCAGUGUGUGGUAUGAUCUCUCAGUAUAACCUUGAGAAACCUGAAGGUGUGCACAACUUGCACUAUGUCGUCACAAAGCGCAUCCAAAUGGAAGGGUUCCAGGUGUUCAACUACUACUCUUUGUAUCCUCAAUUUCUCGAGGUGGCUCGACAAUAUAUCAAGGAAGGGAAGAUUGUUUAUGUGGAAGACAUAGUCGAAGGUCUUGAGAGUGCUCCGGCAGCCUUAGUUGGACUCUUCACAGGACACAAUGUCGGGAAACAGGUAGUUGCAGUUUCCCACGAGUGAUUCUGAGGCACAUUGAAGAAAAAAAGGAAAAA